AUGACUUCUGAUUUUACUAUAGUAGAACUCACAGAUCUUGACUUCGUGUCUACCAAUCUUAAUGUAAUUCAGAAUCUGCAAAUGAGCACUUCUUCUGUUGCUUCGGAUCAUUGCUCAGAUAUUGACUUGAUCGCCAAAGACGUUGAACCUACUACCUCUCGAGCACCGAAAAGAUCUCGUGUAUUAGUAUCGAGGUCCUUUAAACAAGACGCUAGCUCGUCCCCGAUUAUCGCUGAAUCUGGCACUUCUUUUUCAUCUUCGUUGACUCCCGUAAAUACUGUCCCUGAAAUGAUUCAGAUUCAAAAAAAUAAAAAAAAAUUGUCAGAUUUGGCUUUGAAUUAUCUUGAACAACCUUUACUUUGUGAACAAGAUAUUGAAGUGCAGAAAAAUAAGAAAAACAAGCGAUCUUCAAAAAGAAUUAAAAAAUAA